AGCCCCCAUCACAUGGAUGGUUGUCUAUUAACUUGUUCAAAAAAGUAUCAGGAGUUGUCAAGGCAGAGAAGAGUGUUUGCAAAAGGGGGAAAGUAGUUUGCUGCCUCUUUAAGACUAGGACUGAGAGAAAGAAGAGGAGAGAGAAAGAAAGAGAGAGAAGUUUGAGCCCCAGGCUUAAGCCUUUCCAAAAAAUAAUAACAACAAUCAUCGGCGGCGGCUGGAUCGGCCAGAAGAGGAGGGAAGCGCCUUUUUUUUUUAUCCUGAUUCCAGUUUGCCUCUCUCUUUUCUUCCCCCAAAUUAUUCUUCGUCUGAUUUUCCUCGCGGAGCCCUGCGCUCCCGACACCCCCGCCCGCCUCCCCUCCUCCUCUCCCCCCGCCCGCGGGCCCCCCAAAGUCCCGGCCGGGCCGAGGGUCGGCGGCCGCCGGCGGGCCGGGCCCGCGCACAGCGCCCGCAUGUACAACAUGAUGGAGACGGAGCUGAAGCCGCCGGGCCCGCAGCAAACUUCGGGGGGCGGUGGCGGCGGCGGCAACUCCACCGCGGCGGCGGCGGCCGGCGGCAACCAGAAGAACAGCCCGGACCGCGUCAAGCGGCCCAUGAACGCCUUCAUGGUGUGGUCCCGCGGGCAGCGGCGCAAGAUGGCCCAAGAGAACCCCAAGAUGCACAACUCGGAGAUCAGCAAGCGCCUGGGGGCCGAGUGGAAACUUUUGUCGGAGACGGAGAAGCGGCCAUUCAUUGACGAGGCUAAGCGACUGCGAGCCCUGCACAUGAAGGAGCACCCGGAUUAUAAAUACCGGCCCCGGCGGAAAACCAAGACACUCAUGAAGAAGGAUAAGUACACGCUGCCCGGUGGGCUGCUGGCCCCGGGCGGCAACAGCAUGGCGAGCGGGGUCGGGGUGGGCGCCGGCCUGGGCGCGGGCGUGAACCAGCGCAUGGACAGCUACGCGCACAUGAACGGCUGGAGCAACGGCAGCUACAGUAUGAUGCAGGACCAGCUGGGCUAUCCGCAGCACCCGGGCCUCAAUGCGCACGGCGCCGCGCAGAUGCAGCCCAUGCACCGCUACGACGUGAGCGCCCUGCAGUACAACUCCAUGACCAGCUCGCAGACCUACAUGAACGGCUCGCCCACCUACAGCAUGUCCUACUCGCAGCAGGGCACCCCUGGCAUGGCGCUCGGCUCCAUGGGCUCGGUGGUCAAGUCCGAGGCCAGUUCCAGCCCCCCUGUGGUUACCUCUUCCUCCCACUCCAGGGCGCCCUGCCAAGCCGGGGACCUCCGGGACAUGAUCAGCAUGUAUCUCCCCGGCGCCGAGGUGCCGGAGCCGGCCGCGCCCAGCAGACUUCACAUGUCCCAGCACUACCAGAGCGGCCCAGUGCCCGGCACGGCCAUCAACGGCACACUGCCCCUCUCGCACAUGUGAGGGCCGGACAGCGAACUAGAAGGGGGGAUUUUUCAAAGGAAAAAAGAGGGGAAUUGGGAGGAGAGUAAAGAAACAGCGUGGAGAAAAACCCGGUACGCUCAAAACAAACAAGUCAUCACCCACAGCAAGUGACAUCUGUCUGCAAAAGAGAACACCGAUCCCGUCUACACUCACAAAAAACCGCGCCGCGAUACCGACACAAAAACUUUUAUGAGAGAUCCUGGACUUCUUUUGGGGGGACUAUUUUUGUACAGAGAAAACCGGUGGGUGGGCUGGGGAGGGCGAGGGAAUGGACCUUGUAUAGAUCUGGAGGAAAGAGAACUACGCAAAACUUUUUAAAAGUUCUAGUGAUACGGUAGGAGCUUUGCAGAAAGUUUGCAAAAGUCUUUACCAAUAAUAUUUAGAGCUAGUCUCCAAGCGACGAAAAAAUGUUUUAAUAUUUGCAAGCAACUUUUGUAUAGUAUUUAUCGAGAUAAACAUGGCAAUCAAAAUGUCCAUUGUUUAUAAGCUGAGAAUUUGCCAAUAUUUUUCAAGGAAAGGCUUCUUGCUGAAUUUUGAUUCUGCAGCUGAAAUUUAGGACAGUUGCAAAUGUGGAAAGAAGAAAAUUAUUAAGAUUUGGACAUUUUAAUUGUUUAAAAAUUGUACAAAAGGAAAAAAAACUAGGAUAAGUACUGGUAAAACUGUCUCCGUGGUCUUUAAAGGAGCAAAAGUUUUAGAUUGUACUAAAUUUUUUUUAACUUACUGUUAAAAGAAAAAAUGGCCAUGCAGGUUGACAUCACUGGUAAUUUAUAAUAGCUUUUGUUUCCCAACUUUUCAUUUUGUUCAGAUAAAGAAAAACAUGAAAUUACUGUGUUUGAAAUAUUUUCUUAUGGUUUGUAAUAUUUCUGUAAAUUUAUUGUGAUAUUUUAAGGUCCCCCCUCCCCUUUUAUUUUCCGUAGUUGUAUUUUAAAGAUUCGGCUCUGUAUUAUUUGAAUCAGUCUGCCGAGAAUCCAUGUAUAUAUUUGAACUAAUACCAUCCUCAUAACAGGUACAUUUUCAACUUAAGUUUUUACUCCAUUAUGCACAGUUUGAGAUAAAUAAAUUUUUGAAAUAUGGACACUGAAA